GCCACUUUGCCCAAAGAGAUUUCCAAGACCACGGUAGAGUAUGCGAUGGGCAUGUGCGGAGUACUUUCCUCAGUAUGCAACUACAGCGCGCCUCCCCCCUGCGUCGAUGAAGUCUCUCUCGCCCUCUUCCCUCUGGUACAUUAUUCUCGCGCGUUGAGGGUAUAUCGUUACAGACAGAGAGAGCAGUUGGACUCUCCCUUGCAGUCGUGUUUUCCAGGGUGGGCCGACUCUCCAUCUCAACGGGUUGCUGUCAUUUGCUGGCAGGCACCUCCGUCACCGUGCGGAACGGUAGUUUAUUGAACUCCUUGUCUGUAAGGUUGAUUCCUGUCGGGUCUAGCUACCCGUUCGUCCCCCUGCUUGCAGCUGAAGCUUGCUGCCCGUUGGGGGCUGACUGAUCCAUGGUUGGGAGAAGCUCUCGGCCAUGGUCCGGUUGGUCAUGGGUGCCAGAUCCCUCACGAGUCUCGAGUCUAGACGAGAGCCGGGCAGAGCAGGAAAAACUAAGAGAGGAGCGAUAAGAAACCCAAAAUUACGCUUGCAAGAAAAUAAUAAAAUUUAGAGCACGGCAGAAAGAGGACAAAAGAUAGAAAAAGUACCAAAGAGCCACUGCCCAUGGUUAUGGUGAAGGGUUUGGGUGAGAGGCUACAAGCAUUUACUAUUUGGGGAAUGUUGGGCAACAACCUCACCACUCACACCACCGUGCCAUUCAUUUGACUCUCAGGUACAGCUGCUGACUCGCUUCGUACUUCCGCUAUCUGUCGUUCUACAGUAAUCAGAGUUCUUGCCAUGCAAUUUGACAGGUGUGAACUCUCUUCUUCGGGAGAGCGGGCGGAACGCCUGGUGUGUUGGGAGGAGGCACUUCGGCAGUGUACGGAUCCUCGAUCUGGAGAAGGCAACGGAGACUGCAUGGACUAUGGGGCCUGUUAGUUUGCAGGCUAGCCCCGAUAGCGUCCUGGGAGCGAUUUCUCUGUCAAACUACGGAGUACUGCUGAUCCAAAUCUGACCUAUCCAUCUUAGCGAGAUGUUCCGAGGCACACCACUGAGUGAACCACGAUUUGACCUCGGGCUAGAAACACGAGAAAAGAAAAAGAAACGAAGUGCAGGAGAGCAAAAAUGGAUGAAAAGGGAGAGUGGAAGCCCAGUUGAACUGCGUGGCUACUGGCCAAGUUGAAAAUAUUAUCCACCCUAUGGCUUACGCAUGGCCCCGGCGUACCCAAAUAGGGUCCAGAUCCCGAAUGUCAGAGAUCAAAUCCCGACCACGCUACAUCGAGCCAAGCCGAACCACCCAGG